UCUCCUUUUUAAUACUUCACUGCUUUAAUUUGCAGCAUUUUUUUCUACUUGACAAGCCUCUCAUCUCAUUUAUUCAACCUUAAAAUGAGCAGCAUCGUACCUCCUUCAUUUCUGGCAUUAAUUGUCAUUGUCUCUUCUAUUUUUGGCUUUAAAUCGUUGCUGUCACCCACUCCCUUUAAAUGUUCCUCCUUCUUUACUUCGUUGGCACUGCCAAUGAAUUAAUGGCAUUUCGCUUUGGCCAACAGGCACACGGAAAAGGCGGAGCACACGGACGCGAAACAUCCCAUUAUCAACAAGCGGCUAUCUUUGAGCUAGGCGCCAUGAUCCUCCAAAAUAUGUUUGGUGCUCUCUCAUUUCUUCGCUAUCAAAAAGACGAUGACCUUGUUGAUCGUCUUUCCUAUUUUUACACUUCCUCAUUUUUAAUUAUGAUGGCCGUUUUAGUUAGUUUUAAACAGUUUGGAGGUCGUCCCCUUGAAUGUUGGGUACCUGCUCAAUUUACUUCUUCAUGGGAGGCCUACACCGAGAUGUUCUGCUGGCAAGUAUAUUUUCUGUCAGAAAAUACGUACUUUGUCCCCGUAGACGAAGACAUUCCCGAAGAGAUUGCAGAAAGAGAUUACCGUAAAAUCUCUUAUUACCAAUGGGUGCCUUUCUUUUUGCUCAUCCAAGCCUUUUUGUUUUAUGGCCCAUGUUUAAUUUGGAGAUUAAUGAGUGAUAAAUCUGGUAUCCGUUUAAAUGAUAUUGUACAAAUGGCAACGGAAAAGGAGAAUAUUGAACCAGAAUAUAGAAUGAGAACAAUUGAAUCACUUGCUAGGCAUAUCGAAGCAGCUUUAAGGUACCAACAUACAGCCACAUCCCGCACUCAAUACACACUACAUCGGGUAUUUAAAUGCUUUAAUCUGCGUUAUUAUGAAAGCUACGUGACUGGAAUGUAUUUAGCCACAAAAGUAUUUUAUGUUGGAAAUGUUCUCACAAAUUUAUUACUUGUAAAUAAAUUCCUAGAAACUAAUAAUUACAGUAUUUAUGGUCUUGGCAACUUCCCUCGUGUUACACUGUGUGAUUUUGAAGUUAGAGUUUUGGGAAAUAUUCAGAGACACUCUUGUGUAUUAGUUAUCAACAUUUUUAACGAAAAAAUAUUCAUUUUGUUAUGGCUAUGGUUCUGUAUUCUAUUUUUUAUAACUCUAUUUGAUGGCCUAUAUUGGUUUAGUGUUUCUUUGUUUCAUAGAGAUAGGUUUCGGUUCGUUUUGAGACAUUUGGAGCUUACUUCCGAUCCAGAUCGUCCCGAGCUUUUUAGAAAGGAGAAGAGAAAACAAGUUGAACACUUUUUGAAGGCUUAUUUAAAGGUAGAUGGAGUCUUGGUGCUAAGAAUGAUAGCACUCCAUGCUGGAGUAAUGUAUUGUACAGAAAUAACAGACGCUUUAUGGAAAAGGUAUCUUUCACAACACCCAGAAAAUUUAAUUGAUGAAGAUUCGGUGCUUAUAAAUUUUGCUCGGUAUAUAGAAAAACUCUACAAAUUUUAA